AUGGCAGCCGAGAAGAACUUUUGCGGUCUUUCGCCGCACGAUUAUUUAGAGGUAAAAUUCUUCAUGAUCAGCGUGGUGGGGAGCAUCAUCGGGUUGUUUGGCCUUUUCGGAAAUAUCAGCACGGCGUUGAUCUUGACAAGGCCCUCGAUGCGAAACCCGAACAACCUGUACUUGACGGCGUUGGCGGUGUUCGACUCCUGCCUGCUCAUCACCGCGUUUUUCAUCUACGCCAUGGAGUACAUCAUCGAGUACACGCAACAGUUUCAGCUCUACGUGGCGUGGCUGACGUAUUUGAGAUUUGCUUUCGCCCUGUCGCACAUCUCGCAAACCGGCAGCGUCUACGUUACCGUAACCGUCACGAUUGAGCGGUAUUUGGCCGUCCGACGAAAUCCGGAUUGUGGCGAGGGGACUGAUUGGCAAUCCUAUAUGCUGCAACCUUCACUGAUGGCCCAGAAUGAGAUAUAUCAAAGGGUAUACGCGCUGUGGAUCACCAACAUCGUGAUGGUGUUCUUUCCAUUUCUGAUACUACUGUUGCUCAACUCCAUCAUUGCCUACACCAUCAAACGGAGCCUCCAAAAAUUUGACUACAGCGACCCGAAGAUACAG